GUAUGCGGCUAUCCGGCCGCAUAAUGCAUUUAACAACCUCCUUGUUAUUUUACAGAGGGGUGCACCAGUACCAGGUCUGCGUGAGCAAGAAGCUAUACAGUCUUUGCAAACAAGACAAGCCCGUAUACUCAAAUGAGAUGCUGUACUUUAGAGACAAGGUAACGAGCUUGUUAUCCUGGACAUGCAGCUGGACGUCUCCUAGGGGACGGUGCGAUGUCCACGGCAUGCUUCAGAAGAUGGCCCUUUGUGCGUCUGAACUCGAACAAGCAGGCAUUCUCACCGGUCCAGCUAACAACAGCAUCAGUGAAAAAAUGGCGGGCUGCAGAGCUUUCACAACGUACAAGACAUGCCUGUCCGGCACAAUCCCUGAGACGUGCAACAAAGAGCCGAGCCUAAUGGAAAGCAAGGCUGUUCACCACUUUACAGUCGACAUUCCCAACCAAUACGCGCGCUACUGCGAUUACAAAGAUGGCAACGUAGAAAUUGCCAGACAGUUGUCACGAUGCGACGAGGAGUCUUUGAGGAUGCGGUAUAUUGAAUGCAGUCAAAUCAUUUCUACGGAAGUGAUACCGUACACUGAUGAACCAAGUGAUUCGCCGCUGCUCAACGAUGCAUGCAAGGCGAUGAGGAAGUACCAGAACUGCAUUGCGAAGAUUCCUACGCAAGAUUGUUCAAACGGUCUUAAGAUCCCAUUUUCUGAAGAAUCCCGGUACUAUGUGUCAGUGCUCAAGAAAAAGUACGAGUGGGUUUGCAAUGGCAAUGGCGAUUACAUGUGCAACCCAGAAAUAUUACUUCUCUAUUUGUCCAAGUGCGAAGCAACGUUUAUGAAAUCGCACGUUAAUGACUACGUCGACGUCGACGUACUUGGUGUCACAGACUGCAGGGAAGUCCAAAACUACCAAUGGUGCUUGAGAAAUUCAAUAUUUGAGUCAGACUGCGAGUACUACCAAAACAUACUGACAUCGCCCGAAGUCCUCUACUUCACGGACAAACUUCUCAGACCGUAUACCAAGAGCUGCCACGUGAACCUAGAUUGCCAGAUUGGUACAUUGUACAGUCAGUUGUCGGAAUGCACACCAAUUAUAAAAGUUAAGGUCCUGCCGUUCGUCCAGCGAGGCUGGGUUCAGAACCCCAUCACUGCUUGCGGUGGCACCAGGGAAUACCAGAAGUGCUUCAGGCAAGCGAUGCAAAAAACAACCUGUGACAAGAAUACGGCACUGUUCAAGCUGGCAGAAGUGCAGUACUACAGGAGCUUUCUCUUCAACGCUUACAAUUGGACCUGCUUCGAACAUGCGGCGCCAGUUGGCUCAUGCGACAAAAAUCUAGUGCUGCGAGAUUUGCAAAAGUGCGAAGGAUCUAUAUUCCAAAAUACGACAUCUAAGAAGCCAAUUUCUUGCAGCUCUCUCUCCAUGGCUAACUUUCUGAACUGCGUGGAUAAAACCAACAUGAAGCUGGCCUGUAACGCAGACCCGGAGAAAGUCUCAGGCAUUGCGAAACAAGCGCGAGAAAUUCUGCUCGACUACCGCGCAGCUUGUGGCUUUGACGACACUGCGACCUCCCUCGGCAACAAAUUUCUGUUGAACGAGUUUGAACGGUGUCAACUCAUGUUAAAAAAGUCUGAUCGCUUGCUUAAGUCGGCUCAGAUUCGUGAAACAAAAGUACUUGAUGCGUGCCGGUCUCUGCAGCUGUUUUCUCUGUGCACCGAAUCGGCUGUUAUACUCGGCAAGAACGUUGACAGCCCACAUGCAGCGGAAGUCCGCAACGCAUCGGAAGCAAUGGCUAGUAGCUAUGAGCUGAAAUGUGCGCCGAAUGAGUGCAACCGGCACCAAGUUGUGGACGAUUUGCUGCGUUGCUUUCACUCAAGCGCUGUUUUCUCCAACUGCAGUGCGACGCUGAAGACCAACGCCACCACUCUAGCCGAGCCGUGCAUGACGGAGGUGUUCAGGGGCCACGCCUGCGCCAGAAAAGUCGAUGUGGUCUACGUCGCGCGAGAAGUGUUGUUGGCCAAGGUGGAAGCGCACAAACGUGACUGUAACAUGCUUAGAUCCCAGUACCGUCACUGCAGCCAUACGGAGUUUUCGAACUUCCUGCAGAAAUGCUACGAAACCUUUUUGAGAGAAGUUACCGGCAAGUCUAUAGCCACGCCCAAGUUCUGCAGAAUGUACCACAAGUACGGAAGCUGCGUUGACGAAGCGAGUGCUGAGACAUCCUGCUUCAAUGCGACCACGAUGCAAGCCCCGUACGAAGUCAGCCUGCGCAAUUUCACCUCAAAGUACGCGGAGGUCUGCACGCAGUACAUUCGCAGCACGGAACACAACGACUCCUCGUCUAUCGGACAUCACAAAAACAUCCGAGCCAAACAUGCCUCUUCGGACGGCGAGGCUUUCACUUCUAGCAAAUCGUCGUGGACUGUGGUCGUCUUCUGCCUGGCCAUGAUUAUGACCCCUUUUCUGUUGUCACCAUUCUCAUUCCGAAACUUCAUGUGAAACUUGUGCUUAGUGUUUGUGUGUGUGUGCAGUAAAACAUGUGUACAGUUUAAGCCUUCGUUA